AGUGUGCGUGUGCAGACUGUUCAGUUAUUCGUGGACAACAAUGCAUUUUACAUGUCUUCAAUAAAGAAGUAUCGCUCUGUCACGUCAAUGCACUCCGCCAUCUGAUCCGGGAGAGUGCAUCGGAAUCUGUUUAAUGUCAAUAUUUCUUCUUGAAAGAUUCCAUGGUUAUAUAUUUUUCCGAAAUCUCAUUUCUGUAUCCCGGCAUCCAUCAUACAAUUAGCUUCAAAUCGUAGUUUUUCAGUGCGAUUUUCCGGAUACAUCAACCGUGAAAAAAAUAUGACGCUUCAAAUCGCCUGCGUUUUAUGGCUGAUGCUACAAAUUCUGGUUCAGGUGACUUGUUGUGUGGACCCACCGGCGGUUACGACCAGGCUGGGCCGUAUCGUGGGCACUCGGCUGCAGUUUAACCCCGCCGCGCGGCCGGAGCUUCGCCGUAGUGUGGACGCUUACCUCGGUAUACCGUACGCCGAGCCGCCCGUCGGUACGUUACGCUUCAAGCCUCCCGUGGCCAAGUCACCGUGGAGCGGGGAGCUGCAAGCGACAGAGGUGGGCAAUCGAUGCCCUCAGCCGCUGAUGCCGAUGGGAAAUAAUGGAAUGCUUACUGGAAAACAAGCUGAAGAUUGUCUCUCUAUCAACGUAUUCGUUCCUCGGCCAGUCCCCGUCAAAGCUGCCGUUCUGGUGUACAUCCAUGGCGGAGGCUUUUUCGUUGGAACCGGAAGCAUGGAGAACUUCUACGGUACCGCCCUGGCUGCUGUUGGUGACGUCAUUGUGGUGGCUGUCAACUAUCGACUGGGGGCGCUCGGGUUUCUGUCCACUGGUGAUGACGUCAUGCCGGGUAACAUGGGACUGUUUGACCAACGCCUUGCACUGGAGUGGAUCCGAGACAACAUCCAAGCUUUUGGCGGUGAUCCGGAGCGAGUAGCCAUCUUCGGGGAGAGUGCCGGCGCGGCGAGUGUAAGCGCCCACAUGGUGUCGCCGGGCAGCGCGGGGCUCUUCCACGCUGCAAUCAUGGAGAGUGGUGAUAUCUCGUCUCCGUGGGGUACACUGCCGGCUGAAGUGGCCCGCAGACGGGCCUUCGCCCUAGGGAAGCUGGUGGACUGUGAACGAGAAACAUCCCAGGAGUUACUGGAUUGUCUACAGCGGGUGGACUUCGACACUAUUGUCGAAAAUCAGUAUCAAAAGUUACUCCAAGAGCUGGGUGAGACAGCAUUCAUCGUCUUUGCACCGGUGGUUGAUGGGAAUUUCCUCCCCGGCAAACCCAGCGAUCUUUUCGCCGAGGGCGCCAUCAACGACGCAGCGUCCAUCAUAGGAUCGACGGCAGACGACGGAGUGAUGGUUGCCGUCCGUGCUUACCCUGACCACACCGAUAGGGCGCCCUUUGUGGACACCACCGCCUACGAGACCCUUACGCGACCCUGGAUAUCGAUGAUUAGCGCAGAACCGAUAGUCGCAGACGCUGUGAGGGUGAUGUACCGCAACACCUCCUGUAAUGACGACCACCACUCAUGCGACUGCCUGGACAGCACCGUUCAAGUUGUGAGUGACGGAGUCUUUGUGUGUCCGCAGGAUUCAGCGGCCAGGGCUUUCACAGCGGCCGGGCGUAAAGUGUACCGUUACCACAUGACCCACGCGCCGACCUCGCAUUAUCUCGCGAGCAAAUGGACGGGGAGUGCCCACGCGGACGAGAUUCCGUUCGUCUUUGGCGUUCCCCUCGUAGCGUCUGAUAAGUUCACGUACACUGAGGAUGAGGCCCGUAUGUCACUGAGGAUUAUCAAAUACUGGACAAAUAUGGCCAAGACUGGCAAUCCCAACCUUUCUUCCCUGAAUGACAAGCCGACAGACGGGGAGAAAGAGGCAGAAUGGCCGGUGUUUAGCCUCCAGGAACUUACCUACAAAGACCUGUCACCGGCCAUGCUGAAUGGACGUGCUAUCAAGGCUAGGGAAUGCCGCAUGUGGAACGAAUUCAUACCAAAACUUGUCAAACUUACAGAGAAAGUUAAAAAGUGUCGUGAGUUCACGGAGUCUGGCCGCAAAUGGACGAAAGAGGGCGGUUCUGUUGACGGGACAUGCACUAAAGAGACAUGCGCAGAAGGAAAGUAAACAGGACCCGUGUUUAAAGCCGUCCCAAUUUACCGACUUCAGCCAAAAUGUUGCAGAUACAACAUCAUGGAGCAUUAGCUUCUUCGUUUACUUUUCUGAAUAUGUAAAUAACAAAAGCACCGAGAUUAUCUUAUGAAGAAUGCUAACUUUAUGAAAAUUUCAGCCAUUUUGAAAUUUUAUGAUGGGCCAAUUUUGUGGCGCCGCUAAACUGUUUAGCAGCGCCAUAAAAGUGCCUCCUGCUUAGAACUUCAUUAUCACAGUUACAUGUACGUACAAGUAGAUUGUGGUGUAUACAAUGUAUGAUUAUUAAAAGUAGCUGUAUUUUUCAACCAAGUAUUUUUCAUUAAUUAAGGGUGAUAUUAAACCAUACAUCAUAGCAUCAGCUUAUAAACAUUUCAAUGCUUAGCUUCUCUUUAAAUUGUCUUGUUCGUUAUAUAGUCUUUGACAUUUUAAUAGUCAGUAACAUUAUAUCGUAUAUGAAAAAAUGUAGGGAAAUGAAUAGUUAACUGUGCCUCUUACAUGUAUUUCAGUAUUAUGGAAUAGCGAAGCUUAACUUCGUACUUUGAACUCGGAAAGAAUCAAAGUCGAGCUCAAUGCCGUUGAGGUGUGCUAAAAGUGACAGCUAUGUGUCAUUAAGAUUUGACACCUGUCAAUGUAUAAAAUAAAACAAAGUACUGGUUUCUCUGGUUCUUGAGAACUGAAACACGCGCCGAUCUUUAUAGACCAUUCCAGGCCCGUUAUCACUGUCCAUCACAGACGCCCCCUAUUGUUCAAAUAAUCCUUAUUGUGACAGUUCCUGAUCCUUAGUACGAUAGCUCGCACAAUGAUUUCGCCAUUGAAGGGGGGCUACGUGAGAAAACAGUAAAUGCGUGCUGGGAAUACAGUCUCGAUUAGUCUAAUCUCAAGGCAAUGGAUAACCAUUUCGAGAUAUCGGAUUUUUUUUCUACGAUCACGUACAAAUUAUGCAAUAAAAUGAAUGGCUUUAACAGCGCGCACUGUGGACCAAGAAUGGGAUCAAAGUUCGGCAAAAUUAAAUACAGAAUCAAUGUAGAAUCCAA